AUGCAUCAUCAGCAAAGUGGUGGCAGGAGCCAUCUACAAUGCUAUCAAGUGACAGUACACAGCAACAACCUGUUCGCUGGUGCUAAGUUUGAGUUCUGCAAGGGUCACUUGGCUAAUGACUACAUUACAGUUAUUAUUAAAACAUGGACAGAAGAGCUGAAUUCCAGAGAAAAAGUUGAGAAGAAAAUCUCAAUCUGUAAAAGAUUUAGAGAAACCUGGGACCAUUCAUGCUGGUUGUCCUGGAUUGGGAAUGGAAUUGUCAUCUCCAUCAUGUACAAUCGAAGACUGGCACUUGAACCUCAAGAUUAUCUGACAUUCAAUCUUGCAAUAUCAGAUGCCAGCAUUUCAAUUUUUGGAUACUCACGGGGCAUAAUUGAAAUAUUCAAUAUUUUCCAAGACGAUAAGUUUAUCAUCACAUCUAUUUGGACUUGUGAAGUGGAUGGGAUUUUGACCCUGCUGUUUGGUCUGAGCAGUAUUAACACUUUGACAGCCAUCAGCAUCAUCAGAUACAUCAAAGGCUGCAAACCGCAUCAAGUUUACAGGGUUAACAAAUCUAAUGUUAUACUGGCCUUGUCUAUUGUGUGGCUGGCAGCUCUUUUCUGGUCUGCGACACCUCUUCUAGGAUGGGGCAGUUACGCAGAUCGCUUGUAUGGCACAUGUGAGAUCGAUUGGAUACAGGCAGCAGUCUCUAUUGCCUACAAAUCCUAUGUUAUCGGUAUAUUUCUCUGCUGUUUCUUCUUCCCUGUUUCAGUCAUGAUUUUCUCAUAUGUGUCCAUAAUAAAAAUGAUUAGAUCCAGUCACAAAUGUGUCAGAAGAGGAGAGAUCAGUGAACACCAGCGUCAUAUUGAACGAGAAGUGACACGGGUGUCUUUUGUUAUCUGUACAGCCUUUAUUCUGGCUUGGUCCCCCUAUGCAGUCAUUUCCAUGUGGUCAGCCUGUGGUUACAGUGCACCAGCUAUCACCAGUGUCCUCGCCUGUCUCAUCGCCAAAUCUGCCAGCUUCUACAACCCCAUCAUUUAUUUUGGCAUGAGCCCCAAGUUCCGCAAGGAGGUGGAAGCUCUCUUCCAUUGCCGGCAAGAAAAGAAUAAUGAAAGCUUUGUGAAACCUGAGAACCAGUCCAAUGUGAGGAGCAAACUGGUAAUUAGAAAUCAGGCUGACAAGUACCAGAAAUCUCUUCCUACAGCUAACAUCCCGGAAUGGAAUGCAGACUUGGACAAUAUUGCACCCAUCAUAACUGUAUCCUCUAAUUUAGAAAAGAAACAGGCACCAGGACAGGAAGGUGAAUCAGAACACCUUUAAUUCUGGGUAAUUGCAGUUUCAGUCCCAGCUUGAUUUUAUAACCAGUGUACAAUUAUUUAUUUGUAUGGCGAUUUAUGGUUUAUUAAAGCAUUCUUGUUUAAUAUUAAUAUUGGUUUUCAAUUCUGUGUCUGUGUAAUAAACUUCAUUUUGGAUAAUGUGACUAAUUAUUGGUAAUAGUUGAAAUCAGUUCUUUUGAUCAUCAAAAACUUUAAUAUAGCAAAAGUCAAAACCCUUUACUUCUAUGGCUAUUUCAUAUUUAAGAGAAAGCACAAAGACUGUUAACUUUAGAAUUUUGUUUGUCACUUAAUCACUGCUUUUCAGAAAGUGGUGUAUUGUGAAAAAUGCGUAGAAUAUUGUUUAUUUUUGUUAGUUUUAGUAUGGCUUUUGAAAAGCAAAUUUCUUCUCAGUAGCGUACUUGAUGUUGUAUUUGUCCAGCUUAUUAUGCUUUAAUUUUAUUUAGAAAAACCUUUUUACAAAUGUAGUACUGAUAUGGCUUUCAAUUGGAUUACCGCACUCAUUCAAACAAUGUAC